GUGCUGUGUGUUAAAAGCAAGAAAACCAUCAGGCAGAAAAGCGCAUGCUCAAUCCGGCAGUGUGAUUGUUGCUGAUCCGGCGAGAGUGCUCGGGGACGAGUUAGCUGCGUUUUUUUUUUUUUGGACUGGGAAGACAGAGUUGAACUUUCAGUGCUGCUUGCUGAAUACAAUAUUGCUGGAUUAAACAUUUUGUUUAUAAAAUUUGCCGCACAGAGAGCAGUAAGCAUGUCUGGAAAUAAAGCCAAAAAAGUAAAAAUGGCCACCAAAUCAUGUCCAGAGUGUGAUCAACAGAUUCCUGUAGCGUGCAAAGGGUGCCCCUGUGGCUAUGUGUUCAUUAGCCGGAAACUUCUGAAUGCCAAACAAGCAGAUAAAUCGUCAUCAAUAGAUAACAAAUCGGAUGCAAAAAGGAGAAGAACAGAACGAAUACGCAGGGAAAAGAUCAACUCAACUGCAACCAAAGAUUUAGAAAACAGAAAACGCUCCAGGACAAACAGUCAUUCCGAGCACAUUCGCAGAGGGAGAGGGAGGCCAAAGAGUGUGUCAAGCAAAAAGCAUGAGGAUGAAAAAGAAAAACAAGACAAAGAAAUCGACAUAUAUGCCAGUCUUUCAGAUGAGAAGGCUUUUGUCUUCUCUGUGGCUCUGGCAGAAAUCAACAGAAAAAUCCUUAAUCAAAGGCUGAUUUUACAACCUCCAGACUGUUAAGAGUCAAAUAAAAUGACCCAACUCAGGACCUGCCCUGCAGAAACUCAUGAAUGACCUCGGUGGACCUAUGUAGAAUUGCGACCCAGAAGUACUGUACUGCAUGAAGGCGUUGCACUGCCAGUUAGUCAGGCCUGGUGGCUCUCCAGGGACACUGGUGAUGAUGAGGACUUUAUAAGCAUAGGACUUGUAUUUAAUAUUUCCGACCUGGUAAAUGUUGAUGGAAUAGAAGAGUUGCAUUUACUUUUUAAUCAUGUUUUAAAAUAUAUUGUUGUACAUACAUUAUGCCAAAAUAUUAAGACACUUGUUUUCUUUCUUGUAAAGUACAGAAAACAUUCUAAUUUUAGAGACAGGGUGUUGUGCACUUGGAAAGACAGAUUAGUAAUUCAGUUAUAUGUCUUGUAUGUGAAAAGGUUUAAUCAUUCAUAAAAAUAAAUGUAUGUCAUUGAAACCUUGUUGCACCUUGGAUAAGAAAUAUGUAAUUAAAUAAGUGGCAUAUAUUU